CGUUUCAUAUAUCCCAGAGUUCCGACUAGUAAAUUUACUGGCUCUGGCGCUAUGAAAUAAAGGUAAAAUGGGAAAAAUUAGAGUUGAGGGAAAACGUGAGUGGGUGAAACAAAAACCUCCAAAACACCGAUUCAAAAACUUACUUCCCUCUUUUAAAUCCAACCUCGAUCUCUACCAGUCUUUCUCUUCCUUAGUUCUCUCAGCCACUCUCACCUUUCCAUUUCCUUGUCGAUUUUUAAAGUGUAGGGUUAGGGCAACCGGCAGUCGGUGGCGGAGAAUGGCCGAGAGUGGUGCUUCUUCGGACUUCCAAAUCCCAGAGGAGAUCCUCACCGUGAUCCCCACGGAUCCUUACGAACAGCUAAACUUAGCUAGAAAGAUAACCUCACUCGCCAUAGCGUCCCGCGUUUCUAAGCUCGAGUCCGAGGCCGGCCGGAUGCGCCAGAAGAUUGUCGACAAGGACCGGGCCAUCUCCGAGCUCCAGAGUCGUAUCUCUGAGCUAGAGAUUAUGUUCCGGGAGACGGAUGCGCGCCUCAGGACGGCCCUCGAGGAGAAUAUUAAGUUGUUGAAGGAGCGGGAUUCUUUGCUAGCGGCUUCGAAGAAGAUGAGUAGGGAUUUGGCGAAGAUGGAGACAUUCAAAAGACAUCUGAUCCAGUCUCUGAAUGAUGAUUACUCUUCUACGGAAACUGUGGAUAUAGGAACCUGCGAUCAGUCUCUUACUAAAACUGCCAUUUUGAAAGAUGGUGCGUCUACUGGCCUCGUUACACUAAAUCCAGACGGAAAGUUCAUUUCAUCUUAUAUCACUCCUAGGAUCACGCCUGGCACAUCGAAGGUACAAUCAACCAUUGGUUCUCCAAAACAAUUUUCGACCGGAGCAUCGCCGAGAAGGACAUCUGGUGCAACUUCCCCCUCAAAAUCACGUGCUCAAGUAUACACUUCAGCGUCACCAUGGUACCCAUCAAGCAUGCAGUCAUCUGCAGCCAACUCUCCUCCCAAAGGACGUUCUUUACCAGGGCGCACUCGGGUAGAUGGCAAGGAGUUCUUCCGCCUAGCCAAGAAUCGUCUCUCCUAUGAGCAAUUUGCCGCAUUUUUAGCCAAUAUCAAAGAACUAAAUGCCCAGAGACAAUCACGAGAGGAAACUUCGAAGAAGGCUGAAGAAAUUUUUGGAGUAGAAAACAAAGAUCUUUUUCUUCUUUUCCAGGGUUUGCUCAAUCGUAACACGUCUUACAUGGUGUCAUAGCCCUCUUAUUUUAUCUUAGGUUGUAAUUUUAAUCAUAAAAUUUUUUGACUGUGGGGAAUGUUUCGGACACGUUGCAUGAAAGUUGGCUGUGGAGAUUGUAUGGGCAAUUAGAUGAUGAAAAGAAAACUUGGACA